AUGACAGAGAAAAUUGAGUCAGGUACAGGCUCCAAGAAGAGCACGGCUGCGAUGUCCAUGGCCAGCGCUGGAGAUGCGGGAAAGAAUGCGCACGCAAAGGAAUCGCAAGCAGCCUCUGUGGCCCAGUCCGAAACGGCUGGCACGGACAGUCACUCCAGUCCCAAGAAGCGCCGCAAGGUCAAUCUCGGUAAGAUGCUGGUCGCGCAGUAUGCAUGCAACAGGGUUCUAGGCACAUUUUCCGGGCACCGGUUCGCAUGUUGCAAGCCAGAAGACGAGCCUGCUGACCAGUUUCAAUUUGUGAAGGAACGGCCCUGCACCCGAUGUAUCAAGCGCAAUAUCGGCCAUCUGUGCCAUGACGAGCCCAGGGUACCUCCGAAACGGACACGAAGCGAGCAUGACCGAUCGGCCGUGGACGAGGAGGGCUCGUCCAACAAUGAGCCGGUCACCGUUCGAGGUAUGUCUAGAAGGGUCGACGUCCGGGAUGCGGCUGGUCAGCAAAUCCUCCCGGAUGGUACGAUCGGAAGCUCGGCUUCCUCGGUACAGCCUGGGAACAUUCCCUCCUCUGACCAGGGCCUCGAUGCCAAUUCUCAGUGGCUGAUGGCGUACAACGACUGGUUGGGUGGACAGAACCAGUUUCAGGACAUGCAUUGGCUCCGCCAGUCGUACAUGUUUAAUGCACCUGAGGUCACGAACGAGUACAAUUUGCUCGGUGAUUUCCUCAGUAACAGUCUGCACAAUGAUAGGGCGAUGUUCCAAAACCAGGAUAUACAGGGCAUCUACUCUGAUCCGUCAUUGAUAAACUCUACGAGCACGCUUAGAGAGUCACAUGGUCGACCACAGACUCAGCCUCCACCACCGGCUCACAGCCAGGCACCACAGAGUGACUCAAUUCAGCGGCUGACUCCCACAUUGGGAAACAACCAGGCUCGCGAGACAUACUACAUGACUGCUGCAGACCCGUCGGGAUCGGACCCUCCAGAGGAGCGCAUGAACAAGCUUCUCAAAGCAAAGUAUGACGCUGGGCUGCUGAAGCCCUUCAACUAUGUCAAGGGGUACGCCAGGCUCAAUGAGUACAUGGAAAAGAACAUGCAGCAUACGUCCCGCCAAAGGAUUCUCCGACAGCUCGACAAGUUCCGGCCCAAAUUCCGAGAGCUUAUGCAUAGCUUGACGGAUGUCGAACUGAUCCUGGUGGAGAUGUGGUUCGAACAGAGCUUGAUGGAGUACGACCGCGUCUUCGCCAGUAUGGCCAUCCCUGCCUGCUGCUGGCGACGGACGGGCGAGGUAUUCCGAGGCAAUAAUGAGAUGGCGCAGUUGAUCGACGUUCCGGUUGAGAGUUUGCGAGAUGGUAAACUCGCUAUCCAUGAAAUCAUUGCCGAGGACCAGCUGGUUAACUACUGGGAGAAAUUCGGCGCCAUUGCUUUCGACAACACCCAGAAAGCCAUACUCACCAGCUGUACUCUUAAAAGCCCCACACACUCGGCGGGCGAGGCGAUCCCAUGCUGCUUCUCCUUCACGAUUCGACGAGACAACCACGAUAUCCCGUCUCUCAUUGUUGGCAAUUUCCUCCCGACGUAA